CAAAAAAAACUCCCAUUUCUUUGCAGCUCACAAGCUUAGAGAGCAAGAAAAUGUCAAAGAACCAAUUCCGUUUCUCGAAGAUCGAGAUACAUGUUCUUAAAGUACACAUGAAUUGUCAAGGAUGCAUGGAGAGAGUACGAAAACUUCUCAAAAGGAUUGAAGGAGUAUAUAAGGUAGAUAUAGAUGCUGAAGAACAAAAGGUGACAAUCAUAGGCAAUGUGGAUUCAAGCAUUUUGAUAAAGAAGCUUGCCAAAUUAGGCAAGCAAGCUCAACUUUGGGCAUCAACUUCCAAGCAAGAUGAAGAUGAUGAAGAACAAACCCUAAGAAAAAACAAAGGCAACUACUUGGAAGAUGCAAUAGAUCCCUCUUAUACCUUCCAAAAUGAGUAUACGCUUCCAAUAUGUGAUAGCGAAUUCAGUAACCCGACGCUAUUAGAAUGUUAUCUUGCUCAAGAAAACGGCAUGUCAAGUGGUUUUCGACAUGUUCCGGUCACUAUAGCUGCAGCACAGAAGGCAAGAGGCCCGAUGGUAUCGAUGGCUCAUGAUGUCGUGGAUAUUCAAGACUAUCAAUUUAGUUAAGGGCUAGACAGGUAAUUUGUCUUCUUGAUAAGAAAAACUCUUCUUAAAACAAAAUUAUGUAACGGGAUGAGA